AUGGUCAGUGAUACAGCCUUCCUGGCGCUGGCGAACGCGGCUAUUGAAGCGGAGAUUCGCACGUACUUUCCCUACACGGCCCUGUAUCACCGUCUAUGCAGGGGUGGAACGGAGCGCUCGGUGGACUACCUCUACCGCGAGUUUUCACCUGCCCUCGUUGGCGCUGCUGAUGACGGCACACCGGCAGCCGCGAAUUCAGUGGCGGGAGUUGCGGCAUCCAGCGCUGGGCUAUCUCAGCCUCAACACAAGCGCAGACGCGUGAGCCUCGUGGAGGAGCUGCAAAAGGGCCUGGAAGAGUUCGCGGCGGCAACCGCAACGGUGCCGUCGACCCACAGUGGGGCUGGAGCCGAGCCAUACACGGUCACGUGCCGCCGCUGCACCACAAACGUCACAUGCGCAUACCCCUGCUGGGUGCUCGAAGGCUAUGUGGUACUGUGGGCUGAAUCGGUGCUUGAAGUUGAGUGCGUUGCGACGAAAACAGCUGUAACAGCGUCCUCACUGGCGUCGCCUGUGGUGGAGGCACACAUGCAGGGCAACUCGAGGGUAAACGGUUCGCUAGCGUUGCGGCGGCACAGCGGCGUGAUCGAUUCCCGUGACUCCCAGGUCGCCAAUAAACCACACUCCUCUUCGCGACGUCUGGUUUUCUCUUCACACCGACCACUGGGUCUGCGUCCCCUGCUGCAGCGACUCACCGGCGCGCUUGACGGCUCAACAGCGGUCGUGACCGCUCCACCAGCGCCGCUCUUGACCACCGCAAGGGCAAAAACGAUUCGCUCUCGCAAGCCGCGGGGUCGUUCUCACUCAGGCGGCACCCGCCCGCGCACCUCUGCCGGGUCCCCGCCACCUGCGACACAGAUGCUCCGACUACACAGCAUGAGCAUUGUGAACAGCGACGUGGUUAGCAACGUGCGUCCUGCGUCCUUUGCUCUGCAGUCAGUCUUGCAGCCCGGCUGGCAGAUGGCACUGGAGUGCUACCCGCGACACAUGGUGCACUUUGGCCUGUUGGUGUACGCUGCGUGGCAUGCGAGCUCACGGACGUGGGAAAGCGUGCUAUCGCAUGGAGGCACUUGCAAGGGCGGCAGCGCCGCAGCUGAAAACGGCCAUGCAGUCGUGUUGCCAUCGCGCGGCAGUCGAAGUGACACUGCUCUGGAGAAAAAGUCCGAGGAGUGGGGUGCAUCGCACACAUCCGAAUCUUCGACAGCACCCAUCUCGUUGUUGCCUACGCCGGGGGCAGGUGGAGAGAUGCACCCCUCGCCAUUGGUCGAGUUGCUGCCUCACACAUCACACGACGCAGUCUUGAUUCUUGGCCUCGGCGGCAAUGUGCUGGGGCAGUGCUUAGAUGCGCUGCUGCCUGCCGCGGUGCCGCUGCACGUCGUGGAGGUGGAGCCGGCGGUAUUGCAGGCGUGCUGUGAGCACGGACAGUUCCCGGUGAUCAACGCGGCGGACGACUGGAGAGAGGACCUCGACGCCGCGCCGUCGUGCGACGCAUUGAAACGGACAUCUGCUUCGCACAAGAAAGGCGCCUCGCCUCUCAGCUCCGAAGAGAUGUUGGAAACUGCGCCUGCUGCUUCGCUCGUGUGCCCCGCAGCGAUGCAGCGGGCAGCGGGCCUGAUCCACCGCAAGAGCGCCACACCAGCCGCAUUCAGGGCGAUGCGUCAACAAGCGCCAGUAGUGUUGGAGAGGUUGGCUGGGCCGCCGUCUGCAAAGCCUCUUAGCACCACAAAAUGCGCUACGUGUGCGCCAAGUUUGCCUCGUGGAUCAGGCACCGCGGUAGAAGCACCGCUGCAGGCGCAGCAAGACAGGGACGAGUAUGUUUGCUUUCUGCAAGAUGCCUACGCCUAUCUGCGAGCCAGCGCUUCCUCUCCCAUUACUUCGACAGCGGCCCAGGAUGCCGUUGCCCGGCAUCGAGGAUCCCACGCUGCUCACGCUGCUGCAUAUCCUGUUGCUCCGUCUUCACCCCAGCAAGAGACUUGCCCGAGGUUCGCGGCGCGGUCACGGACAUCUUCAUCAACGAAAGAAACUGCAAGCUCGCCAGCUGUCGACGACGCGCCUCCAUCAUCGCAGUACAGCAUGAUCUUCCUUGACUGCUACGACCCGGAUAGGGAACACAUGAUGCACGAGGCCACGCUUGUCGAGCUCUGCGCGCGGCGGCUGCGGCCUGGUGGUGUACUGCUGGUGAAUGCGCAUGUGCUACCAACCGUGGAGAACUUGCGCCGUGACUUCCUCGGCUGCGGUUUUUCGACUGUGCAGGCGCUGCGGGUGGCCGGACAUACACAGACGGUGGUGGUGUGCGUCGCGCGUGACAAGGCAGGGGACAGGGCACCUGGAGCCGCCGAAAGGCCAGCAAGCAGCACUGUUUGUGCGCCGAUGCUGACCGAGAAGCGGGGCCGGUUCACAGUUCGGCAGAUGCAGCUGCUGGCGACGGCCCUCAAUGAGGCCUUCCAUAUGGCCGGCAGCUCGACAUCAAGCGUGACCGGUGGCGGCGAUGGAGCUGGGCGAGACAAGGUAUCCGCUUCCGCUGCCGCCGCCGCCAGCGCCACCGCUGACGCCUCCUCCCUCUCCUGCACGUCUCCUCCGUCCCCGCCGGUGACGCCGACGUUUCGGUUUGAUGCGGGAUGUCUGAAGUCGUGCCGCCGCGUCGUCGUCCCCCCAACCAAGGUGCCAAGCGGCCGUCGUGCACAACCAGCCAGCACCACACCGUCAACGGCCUGUUCCAUCGACGUUGAUCUGCGCGUGUGGGAGCACUACUUUUGA